UAGGAUCCCAACAUGGCAGCGGUGGCGAGUGUGGGGGUCGUGGUGGUCCGGGGUGUCCGCUCCUAGGGCCGUUCCGCUUCUCUCCGCUCCCCCGCGAGCUCCUUCCGUCUCCCCUCGCGGACAGGCGGGUGGACGGCCUCCCCUUCCCCCAGGGUUACUUCAGAGUUAGCUGCGCCCCGUCGCGUCCGACAUGAGGGAGAAGGGCCGCAGGAAGAAGGGCAGGACCUGGGCAGAGGCCGCCCGGACGGUCCUGGAGAAAUAUCCUAAUACACCUAUGAGCCAUAAAGAGAUCCUUCAAGUUAUCCAGAAAGAAGGACUUAAGGAGAUCAGUGGGACUUCUCCUCUUGCAUGCCUGAAUGCUAUGUUGCAUACAAACUCCCGAGGGGAAGAGGGCAUUUUCUAUAAGGUCCCAGGGCGCAUGGGAGUCUACACUCUGAAGAAGGAUGUUCCAGAUGGGUUGAAGGAACUCUCUGAUGGCUCUGAGGAGAGCAGCGAUGCCCAGUCUGACUCUCAGAGCUCUGAGAACAGCAGCAGUAGCAGCAGUGAUGGAUGCAGUAAGAAAGAUGGGAAGAAAAGCAGAUGGAAAAGGAAAGUGUCAUCUAGACUGUCACAGACAUCGUCUCCUCAGUCAGGCUGCCCGUCACCUUCCAUCCAGGCAGGCAAAGUCAUCUCCUCGUCACAGAAGCACAGCAAGAAGGCACUCAAACAGGCCUUGAAGCAGCAGCAGCAGAAGCAGCAGCAGCAGCAAUGCCGAGCAGGCAUGCCUGUCUCCUCUAACCAGCACGUCCUUCUGAAGGCCGUCAAGGCAGCCAGCAGCCCCACACCAGCCAAAUCCUCUUGGGAAGCAAAGCAGUCGGAUGGACAGUCAGGAAGCCCUCAGAACUCCAAUUCCAGUUCCUCUCCCUCUGUCAAGCUUGAAAACUCCUUGCCAGGGCUGGGGAAGAAACCGUUCCAGAGAUCUGACAGGCUCCAUGCAAGGCAGCUGAAGAGAGCCAAGUGUGCAGAAAUUGACGUGGAGACUCCUGACUCCAUCUUGGUGAACACGAACCUGCGGGCGCUGAUCAACAAGCACACCUUCUCCGUCCUGCCUGCGGACUGCCAGCAGCGCCUCCUGCUGCUGCUGCCCGAGGUGGACAGGCAGGUUGGGGCGGAUGGUUUGAUGAAGCUGAGUGGCUCUGCGCUCAACAACGAGUUCUUCACCUCAGCUGCCCAGGGCUGGAAGGAGAGGUUGUCAGAAGGUGAAUUCACCCCAGAAAUGCAGCUAAGAAUACGUCAAGAAAUAGAAAAGGAAAAGAAGGUUGAGCUGUGGAAGGAACAUUUUUUUGAGAGCUAUUAUGGUCAGAGUUCUGGACUAAGUCUUGAAGAGUCUAAGAGACUGAUGGCAAACAGCAGCCCUGCCGAGCCAGAGACUGAAAAUGUAGUAGCUGAACAGCCAAAACGCACAGCGGCCUCUCUGGCCUCGCUCAAAGAGGAGGUGAUGUCUUCCUCAGAGUCUAAAGCACAAGCAGUCCACGAAGCACCAACCAUGAAAAGAGAGGAACAAAGAGAAGAUGUGCAGCCCAAACCAGCCAAACCUGCAGAGCCCUCAGUUUCCCCAGUGAAACCCAGUGACCAUUCACUCCCUACAAAAGAGAAGGUCCAAGGAGAACCCGUUCAAGAGAAACCAGAAACUGCUGCUGGUCAGAAGCCUGAGGAAGAGAGAAAGCACACUGCCUCCAAGGAGGUGCUCGUGAAAGGGACCGUCAGUACCUCAGUCCUGGCCCCAAGUAAACCAAAGAGCCUUGAAGCAGGGGAAGUUGUAGCAAACAUAAAGAGUCCAGUGAAGACUCCAGAAACACCUGAAAAGAAGGCCCCUGUAAAUGAAGAGAUGGAGGUCAGCAUUGAAGCCCAUAAGAGGAAGCUGGAGAGUCGUGAGGAAGCUCUCACCACUCCUGAGAAGAAGCCACGCAUGGUGGAGAGCUGCCAGCACCACCAGGCGUUUCGCACCCAGCCACAGUCCUUUCCUGCCACGGGGACCCCAGUGCCACGAGUACCCCCACUCAAGAUUCCCGUCUCCAGAAUCUCCCCAAUGCCAUUUCCUGCGGGCCAGGUCUCUCCCAGGGUACGUUUCCCACUCUCACUUACCAGUCCAGGAAGAACCGGGGCCAGAACUCUGGCAGACAUCAAGGCAAAAGCCCAGCAAGCCAAGGCUCAGAGGGCAGCAGCCGCCGCCGCUGCCGCCGCCGCUGCUGCCGCUGCCUCCAAUGGGGGAGCUGUCCCAGGGCCUGGACCAGGAGGUGGUGGGGCCCCGCCGGGAGGUGGAGGAGAGAAGAGUAACACAGCAUCAGGUGGAACCAACACAACUGGAACUGGAGGAAAUGCACUGGAACUGGCAGGAACUGGAAGCGGGGGAAGUUCGAGAAGGUUUCUUUCCCAUUGUCCAGGGACCCACAGCCAAGUGGAGAACCAGGCCACAGAGCAGGCACCACCUCACAAUCCUUCUAGAGCACAACUACAGCAGACUUCCACACUGCAGUCCAGAACUCCGGCCAGCAAUACAGGCACCAGCCCCUCCCCAUCCGCGGCACCGGCAUUAGAGAAAACCAGCAGGUUAAAGCAGAGCCCUCCCAGCAUGGUUCUCAGUCAGACUUCAGGCUCCCAGUAUGCUGGUAGCAAAGAGAAACAAGAGAAAGUACCUCCUGCUCUGGCAGGGCCAGGCCAGGCCCGUGGGGCUCCAGCUGUCAGGGAUGGAAUGGUCUGCGUCACGGUAUCCACAGCGGAUCCCAGCACAAGCCUAACUAAGGUAACACCUACAGCCUUAGGAGGGACCAUCUUAGAUGUUUCUAAAAGCAAAUCUCCUUCCCCUCCAAUGUCUUCGCUAACAUCCGUGAGCUCAGAAGGCCAGGCUGGAGGCGUGGUCCCAUCUGCUGCAUCCGUCCCACCCUCUCACACUUCAUCAGCAGUGCCUAGCCUUAAAACUCAUCCAAGUUCAAGUGCAGCCCUCCCAAAACCAAGCUCCAGUAUUCCUGCUAACAACCCUUUGGUCACCCAGCUUCUUCAAGGCAAGAACGUCCCUCUGGAGCAAAUCCUGCCGAAGCCUCUCACCAAAGCAGCAAUGAAAACUGUCCCGUUAGCUCCUCAUGAAGAAAAAGGGGCAGCAGCAGCAUCCAGUGCUACAAGUGUAGCAGGGAACAGCACUGGAGCUGAGGGUGGGGAAAGACAAUCCAGUUUACCUGCACCACAGCUGGGGAAAAUCUUUUGCCAGAACCGGCCUCUGCCUCACGUUCAAAGGACCUUCCCACUCCCCUUGGGAAAGGAGCCCAGUCUUGAGCAGCAGCAGUGCCAUGAGGCACUCAGCAAGACAACCCAAGAGCAGAUUCUUCAGACUCUUAUCAAGAGGGUCCAGAGGCAGAAUUUGUUGCCAGUCCUUCAGCCUUCACAACUGAAUCUCACUCACUCAGGCUUCCAGGUAGAAAACAGCUCCAACAGCCAGAGAUUUAUGUUGGGUUUCAUGGGCAGAAGGACAUCCAAGCCUGCUAUGUCUGGUCAUUAUCUGCUCAACAUUUCCACCUAUGGUCGUGGUUCAGAGAGUUUGAGGAGAGGCUUCUCCUUGAACCCUGAAAGCCGCUUGUGCCUGAGCAGUCCUGCUGAUGCUCUGAAACCAGAGUGUGGGGAAUGUGAGGAGGUAGCUGGCCAUGGCAGCAGCAGUGAGGAAGGAGAUGCAGAUGAUGAGAGCACUGGUGAUGAACAGGAACAUAUCAGUGUAAAAGAGGAGCCCCAGGCUUUGCAGGCUGCUGGUCAGUGUGAAAAAGAGCAGGUAUCUCAUAGCAUGACUUCUCCAGAUUACAGCACCCUUGCUAAGAAGGGUGUAAAGACGGAAGCAGCCGCGUCGCAGCAAGCAGCAGCAGCCAGCAAGGAGAAUGUUCAGGCCUUUGAUGGGACUAUGCUAGCACAAGAUUUUAUUCAGGCCGCCCAAGAGCAGGUGGCACAUGCAAUGAGGGGAAAAAUGCACGGCAGUCCGGAGCUUUUCAGUCCUCCUGUACUGUCCUCAGACUCUGGGCAGCAGCAGCCUCCACGGCUCUCUCCUUCACACCCUCCAAAGCUGUCUGGAAACACUGCCCCACAGCUCAUUGGGCCCAGUUACAGUGGUACAAUAAAUGUCUCCACUUCCCCGGACGUGAACCAAGGGUCUCUUAUGACUGGGCUGUCUGAGUGCAAUCAGUUGUCCAGUAGCAUGGGGAACGUCAUGUCUUUUUCUGUGACUGUCACCACCAUUCCCACCAGCCAGGCUAUGAACUCUGGCAACCACAGUCAACCCAUCCCUGUUCAAGCCUUCGCUGAAGACAGCAGCAUGGAGGAUUCCCCUUCCAAAUGUUACUGCAGGUUGAAAGCCAUGAUCAUGUGCAAGGGCUGCGGUGCCUUCUGCCAUGACGAUUGCAUUGGCCCCUCUAAGCUCUGUGUCUCCUGCCUCGUCGUGCGGUAACCAGGACGGGAAGUGGGGAAGAGGAUGGCUUGAUGUUGGGUUUGCUUUAGGAAUUACAUUGGGAAGAAACAGGAAAUUUACUGCCUUGCACAAGAGACACGUUACAGAAUCAGGAAUACAGAGUAGAGUUCUUCUUUCAUUAGAGAAAGAGCACCUUCUUGUACAGUGAGUCUAAACUCAGCUCAACUACGUGAAUUGUGACAAGAGUUUGCACUUAAGGAAUUAUGUAAAUAUGUCACAUUAUUUUGUUUAAAAAUAUUUUUUCAAUCUUCUAGGAGGUAGUGUUUGACUUGUACUGCAGUUUCAUUAACCCCUUCCUGCUCUUCAGCACAUUUGCUGAGCUCUGCUCUAGAUGGAGGGGAACAAACCCCUGGCAAAACCUUAGCCUGGAGGUGGUCUUCUCUGGGCAAAGAGAAGAAUUGGGUAAUCAAGCAACUAAACAUUUGUGCUGACUGACAACAAGCACCAGAGUGGAAAGCCCUGCCUGGGUUGCUGCCUGGCUCAGAAUUUUAGCUCCAGUUGUUCAGAACUGGGAGGCCACUGCACCAGCCUUUCAAGCAGUUGCCUUUGCCUUGUGAGCAGGGCAUUUCAAGAAGGAAUUUUGGGUUGUGCAGUGUGGGCUGGUGGUUUUAGUUUGCAUGUCCCUCUUUGUCAAGGAGGCAGCUGCAGUGGCCUUGUUUGAGUGUCUUGAUUUGGUCCUGGUAAAUACUGAAAAUGGCAGCUGUGCUAACCAUAGGAUUCAGGAAUCUAAAUCACUAAAGCAACUCAGUAACCUUGAUUAUCAGUAAUCCCAGGAACCAUUUAAAGCAGAGGUCACAAAUAUGUGCUGAACCACAUUUCAUUUCUGGACUGUCAGAAAUCUGCUUUCUUAGGCAUUUUGAGCGAGCUGGAAGGUGUCAUCCCCGAUCACCAUCCACUGUCACAGCACAUGAUGAGAGUGAAGCGUGCUCAGUGUCACCCUCAGUCCUGCUGUUUUCUUAACCGUGCUCAUUCCAGCCCCUGCAGCAGUCAGACCUCUCUGAGCUCUGUAGAUUUUAUAUUUAGCCAAGCAUAGGAAAGGGAACGCAGGUGUCUUGUUGGGCCUUGCCAUCAGCCUGCCGUGGGCGUCUCUUUGUGUUUUAAAAUACCAAAUCAGGCUUGACUCAGCUUGGGUUUUGCCCGGCUGAGAGCUGGGGAAGACUGGAAGGGGGUGCGUGGGACUUGUGCGUGGUGGUGGGACACAGCUCGUGCUGCUCAUCCUCCCUUUGGGUGUUCAGGAGUGCAUUCACUUGGGUUAAUGGAAGCAGCUGCAAAGGGGUGCUCUGCUCUCCCGGGGAGGAACCGAGGUGUCAGGCUGGCGAACGACGCACAGGCUGAGCUGCGCUUCCAUGUCUCACAACACGUCCGCAUCGCAUCCACCGUCUGUCUGUUGUUACUGAAACAAAGAACAUCAGAGUCACCAGUCACCUCCAGUCCCAUGUUGUUGCUGUUGGGGGCGGGUGGGGGCCAUACUGCAUUGUGGUCAGGGAACAGUUCUAUGUAUCUUUUUGAUGGAAAAGCACUGAAUUCACUUUUAAUCCAAAGGCCUUUUUAAGAUGAAGCAAUAUUAACAGAACAGGUGGGACAGCUGUUUGGUGAGCUAGGGGUCCUCAGCCUAUCUCUUCUCCCUUUGACUGCUACUGCUUUCCCUUGCCCUCUCCCUUGCCCCAGAACCUGGCAUGCUGCUGGCAGAGUUCAGGAAGCAUUCCCUGUGAAGCAGUGUGUUUUACCAAGGGGCAGAUGGUGAUUUAUUUGGUAACCAUAAAGAAAAGAGUCACAGACUUCAUCGCAUCACAACAGAAACAUUUCCUUCUCUGCCCAGCAGAGCAUGGUGUCCUCCAGAGCAGGAUUUGUGGGUGUGAGUUAACCAGAGCUGCAGCUUGGUCUCCAUUUGCUCAUCUUCACUGGUGAGCUGUGACUUCUGCUUUCUGACAGUGUAACACUGCUCUGACAUCCAGCAGAGGAGGAUUUAAGCGUUAG